AUGGCAGAUCCAAUUGAAGCAGGAGAAGAAGACGACAUACCCAUAUUCUGGGCCGAAGAUGACCUUCUUGAGUUCGAGGACACCGAUUCUGAAGACGAGGAAGAGACAGAAGUGAUGAUGAAUGACCCCGAGGCACCCCCAUACGAAUCCGAUGAUGAAAAGAACAUUUGGAUCUGGAGCAUGCUACUUUUCUUUCAGAUGGUGAACACUCAAAGACGGUUAGCAGUUGGGCCUAGGACGCCCAACUCACAAGUUGGCAACGCCAAAGGAAACACCAGUAGGCAUCCAGAAGGCGACUCCAGUCAGGAGACCAGAGGUAGUCGACUAGAUCAAAUGGAGCGAAUACUAGGGAGUGUGGUGGGACUCAUACAAGAAACUCACUCCCGAGACAACCAUGCAGUCAGCAUGCUUGAUCUUUAUCGUCGACAGAACCCUCCCAUCUUUCACGGGAAGCUUGGCGCAGACCCUAGUGAAGGAGAAUUUUGGAUCGAGCAAACGGAGAAGCUACUAGACCACCUGCAUUGCAGAGAAGAAGAGAAGGUCAAUUGUGCCACCUUUAUGCUGCAAGACGAAGCAGACAUGUGGUGGAAGGGAGUCAAGAGGGAAAGAGAAUUCAUGGAGUUAAAACAGACCGGAGACAUGACUGUUGCUCAAUAUGAAGAUUCUUUUAGCCGAUUGAUCCGAAGUGGUCUGCAAGCUUUUACCACUGAGGCCAACCUGAGCCGAAUUGAAGCGAUUCAAGGAGAAAGUCAACAAGGAAGCAGUCAUAAAACAGACAAGAAAUUGGAACCCCAGAGGCCGAAGUUCAAACCUAGUACUCCGUGCCAAAGGUGCCAGAAGCAACACCAUGGGAAGCCGUGCCGAUUUGGAAUGAAAGGCUGCUACAACUGUGGAGAGAAGGGGCAUCUCAAUCAGAACUGCCCGAAGAGGGGAAUCACCUGUUACAACUGCCAGCAGACUGGUCAUUUUGCAAAAGAUUGUCCUAAGCCGCAACUGAUGAAUCAACCUCAAGGGACGACCGAAAAUGCUAGAGUUCAGCAGGGAAGGGUGUUUCAUCUGACACGACAAGAUACGGCAGAAGACCCAGCCGUAAUUGAAGGUACCAUGCUAUUAUAUGGUAUUCCCAUGCAUGCAUUAAUAGAUUCAGGUGCAAGUCACUCAUUUAUCUCGCAUGCAUUUGCUAAAGUAUUAGGAGAUAAACCAGAAAGUUUGAAUUGUCGUAUGAUUGUCGCAACCCCAAUGGGGAAGUCUCUAGAAACUUCAUCAGGAUACAAAGAUAGAAAGAUUCGAAUAGAAGAAGUUGAGUUCCUGGUGGAUCUAAUUCUUCUGGAAUUUCAAGAUUUUGAUGUGAUCCUAGGAAUGGACUUCCUAACUAAGUACAACGCAACAUUGGACUGUAAAGCUAAAACAGUCUGUCUCAGGGGUGGAGACCUGAACGUCAAGUUUCAAGGGAAAAAGAGGGCAAAGAAAGGCACGGAGCCAUUGAAGAUCGAGGAAGUACGAAUCGUCAGAGAAUUCAGGGAUGUGUUUCCUGACGAAUUGCCUGGAUUGCCACUUAGGCGAGAGAUUGAAUUUGCAAUAGAAAUUGAGCCAGGGGCAGGACCGGUUUCAAUACCCCCGUACAAAAUGGCCCCUGCAGAGUUAAGGGAACUAAAGACCCAAUUACAAGAGUUGCUCGACAAAGGAUUCAUAAGGCCAAGUAUGUUACCAUGGGGAGCACCAGUACUCUUUGUUAAGAAAAAGGAUGGGAGCCUGAGAAUGUGUAUCGACGAUCGACUGUUAAACAAGAUAACGGUCAAGAAUAAGAUCAAAGCAGAAGACGUGCCUAAGACAGCUUUUCGCUCUCGAUAUGGGCACUAUGAAUUUCUGGUGAUGCCGUUCGGACUAACCAAUGCCCCAGUAGCUUUUAUGGACACUAUGAAUCGGGUUUUCAGGCCAUUCUUGGACAAGUUCGUGAUCGUGUUUAUAGACGACAUACUGAUAUAUUCUCCCUCAGAAGAAGAGCACGAAUCACAUUUAAGGAUAAUAUUACAAACAUUACAAGAACAUAAGCUGUAUGCCAAAUUUUCGAAAUGCGAAUUUUGGUUGGACCAGGUCGCAUUUUUGGGGCAUAUUAUAUCGGCUGAAGGAAUAUCGGUCGACCCGGCCAAGAUAACAGCUGUGGCAAAUUGGAAGCAAUCUCGGUCGGUUACUGAAAUUAAGAGCUUCUUGGGAUUAGCCGGAUACUAUAGGAAGUUCGUGGAAGGGUUUUCCAAAAUUGCAACACGCCUCACCAAGUUAACUCAAAAGGGAGUAAAGUUCGACUGGAGUAACGGUGCGAGGAAAGUUUUCAGACACUUAAGGAUAAGCUGA